AUGAAAAUAUGUUGUUUUACGUGUAAUAAAGCAAAAGCUACAUCAAAAUGUGCUGGUUGUUUGAAAGAUUUUUGCUUUACUCAUUUGAGUGAUCAUCGUCAAGAAUUGGCGAAUCAACUAGAUGAUAUUGAAGUUCAUCGAGAUCUUUUUCGACAAGCACUCAAUGAACAAACAACUGAUCCGCAAACACAUCCAUUAAUCAAGAAAAUUGAUCAAUGGGAACAAGAUUCUAUUAAUAAAAUUCAUGAAACAGUAAAGGAAGUUAGACAAGUAUUAUUCCAACAUACUUUACGUCAUACUAAUCAAUUAGAAGAGAAGUUAAAUUUAUUAACAAAUCAAAUUCGAGCGUGUCGAGAAGAAGAUGAUAUUAUAGAAACAGAUUUGAGUCGAUGGCACAAUGAACUUAUACAACUCAAUGAACAAUUUAUUAAACCACAAAAUAUAAUAAUUCAAUAUGAUUCCAUACCACUUGUGAACAAAAUUCAUGUUGAUAUAUCAUCGAGUAAAGUUCAUACAAUAGAUGAACCAAUAAAAUCUAAUGAAGAUACACAUAUCAAUACUCACAGCUAUCCACAAGUUACAUAUCCAUUCUUUUUUUAUGUAAUAUGGGAUGCUCAACUUUCGAUUCAUUUUCUAGAUAAAACAACAAAAAAUAGCUUCUCAUAUGUACAUAAUAAAGACACAUCUACCAAACCAAAUGGUAAAAUAAUUCAAUUAUCAAAAGCUUUAUCUUGGCUUCUACGUCAUGCUGUGAUAAAAGAGGGUUUACAAUUUCAAUACGAUGGUUAUGUUUUCGUUAAAGAUGUACUUAAACAUCCGACAUUUGCUAACAAAUAUACAAUUGAAGAUAUACAUCAAUGUGUAGAAACAAAUGAGAAAAAGCGUUUCGCACUUCAAAUUGAUCGAGUAACAGGUCAAGAAAUGAUUCGAGCACAAUUGAAGUAG